AUGGCUGUAAUGUCGGGCCCAGUGAACCCCAUCGACCCUUCAACGUCCAAGGCAUGGAUUCUACCAUUUGAAACCAGGACUAAUGGCACAGGACUUGGAAGUAGGGAAGUUCUCUUAGCUAUCCAAUAUAAUAUCUUUGAUUGUGGUGGAGUAGCCAUUGGUUUUGAUGCGGCCAAUUUCUUCCCAAAGAAAGAUAUGCAUUGGUACAAUCCAGACAAUUUCACAACAAAGGACAAAGUUAUGAGAAGAUUGUUGUUCGACAAAUCAAGGAUAACUGCUUUGAGAGAAAAGGCUUCUCCAACUGCAGAUUCCCAAGUGAAGCAGCACUACUUUCCAACCCGUGUGGAGGCAAUUUCAACAUUGAUAUUGGGAUGUCUCAUGGCGAUAUAUAAAUCAAGACCAGCACCAGCAAAAUUCAUUCUAGCAAGAGAUGUAGUGAACUUACGUGUGAGGAUGGUUCCACCCAUGCCCAUCCAUUCCUUUGGAAAUCUUUGGUACAAUGCUUCUGCAGUUGUAUUGCCAAAUGAGAAUAUUGACAAUGAAAACAAUUUUAUUCUCAAGAGCAAAUUGAACAACACAAUAAAAUGA